UUCCGCUCUGUUCCGAAACCACAACAAACAGGUGUGUUCUGAUAAGGCGAAAGUGACAGGUGUGAGCUCCCAAGUGCAAGAUGUAAGCAGUCAUGUCUUCAACUCUGGUCUUCCUCAUAAUCUUAGUGUAUUACCUCAUAACAAGAGGCUUUCCCAGACUGUUAUCAUGGCUUAUUGUGGCCAAGUAUCAAACAGAAAUCAAGAUCGGUCGAAUAAAUCUCUGGCGGCUCAGUUUCGAAGAUGUUCUGAUCAAAAAGUCAGGACUAAGCAUAAAAGUUGACCGUGUUGGUGCUACAAGCAGUCUUUUUAACCAGGAAGAACGGAAAAUAUUUGCUCUAAAAGUUCACGAUGUGCGAAUUGAGAAAGAGGUGUGUGAGAAGCGUGGGCGAGCUCAAAAUGAAGGAAGUAAUAAUGGCAGCGUGGAGGCCAUGUUCGCUGCAGCCAGCACAACCCCAGAGGUUGAGGCAAAGGCAAUUCAGCUCAGAAUAUCCCCAUCAGUGGUCACUCUUGCACAGUUUUUUGGUGUCCAUAUCAUGAGUGUAAGUGUUGUCUACCUUCGUGACAAGUGGCCAGAGUGCCUGCUCCAUGGUGCAGCUGAGAAGAUCACCAUCGAGGGAGCAACACUGAACCAGUCCAAUAUAGCACUGAAGGUCAGUGUGAGUGGAGCCCACUUGAAGGUCCUGCAGCAUGUGGCUGAUGAGAAGAAGCAAAUGGCAAGUGUGGCUGGGGGUAGCAUUGUAGGAGCUGGGCAGGACCCUUCGUUAAUGGAGUGUGCCAUCUCACUCAAGCUGUCCAUCGAAGCAAAUGCAGAGACUGUUGCAGCUAUGGAGAACAUCUCCAUUCAGCUUAAUGAACCGCAAGUCACUAUAAGAGAGCGCUUGCUUACAUUUCUUGAGAACAAGGCCUUGGCUGCAACACCAGUUGCAAGGCCAACAUAUGGGUCAGCAGCAAGUGCAACUCCUCUUGAUGUCCAGCUGAAAAAGUAUUGGUUGUUUGUCCCGCUGAAAUUCCAACUCAAGGUGGAGGACAUUGGUACAAAGUUUGUCAAUAAUGUUGGACAGAUGGCUCUACAGGGCACACUUGCAGGCAUUGACCUUCAGACUCAUCUGACACGGGAAGGGGCUCUUGAAAAUUUUCCUGCUCUGUUGCCUGACUUCAGCACAGAACUCCAAGUUGAUAACAUCAAGUUACAUUGCACACAUGAUUCGUCUAUAUUUCUUAAUAGAUUCAAUCUACAAACUCAGUUUGUUGGGGACAGAGUAAACAUGAAGAGUGAGUUCCGUUCACUUCACAUCUUUUAUGACCACAAAGACUUAGGCUUCUGGACUGGUUAUAUGACCAGGAGGAAGUCACAACCUGCAAUGCCAAGUUAUAUUCCAGAUCAAACCAAUAAGGAAAAAGUAAAGCCAUGGAAUGGUGCUUUCCAUAGAUAUUGUGUUGGUCUGAUAGUAGAGAUGUGGGAUGUCACAUGUGGAGGCUGCGUCCCUGGCUCUCCAUACAGCCAGCUGAUGCUUCAACAUGCACGCCACAGUGUCUUUGUGUCACAGUGGACCACAGAAGUAGAAGGAGAACUCUUAUUAGAGUCCAUGGUGGCCACUCUCAGAUCAGGUCAACACAGUGGCUCCCAGAUGGUAGCAUCAAGUGCAGCAGCAACCCCAAGGAGAGUCCAUCAGUGGGGAACACCUAUGUGUAUUGGUCUGUGUCUAGUCCAGCUGUCAUCUGUGGCUCCUCAGUCAGCCAGAAGCAACAUGUCACUGCCUCCUCUUCAGGCUGAAGCUCUUCUGGACAACAUACAAUUAGAAUGGAGCCCUGAAUUGGCCUUGCUUGUAACUGCCAUUCUCAGAUAUUCAAGGGAGCUCAAGGAAUAUACAAAGAACAUGAAACCCAGGAAAGUACAAGAAAGUGAUUCUGCUUCUUCUGUAGAAACCUUCAGCAGUAUGAGUGUAAAAUGCACAAACAUCAAUGUGUUUGCUGUCACAGAGCAAAAAGUGUCAUUAAUGGCUCGAGUAGACAGCCUGGAGAGUGCUAAGUCUGCAAAGAACUCAAGAACAACUAUAACUGGGACAAAGAUGGUGCGAUUUGUUCCUACAGGCACCCAGUACUUGUGUAUAAAAUCUUCAGAGAUUAAGGGUGAAUGUGGUCAAGUAAGUGAGGUUAUUGUUGAGCAUGUAAAUGGAGAACUGCUUUUGAAUGUCAGUGAGCAACUUCAUUUGACCUGGUCCACCACUACACACAUGACCUCUUUUGGGUCAGGAAGUAGCUGCUUUAUCAGAGAUGUCAUUCUUCAGGAUUGUUUCUUUUACUUAAAUGUUGUGUCUACAACAGCCUCAGGAGACAAAGCAGGAGAUGCAACCCCAGGAGAAGAUCCUGAAAAUUCAUCUUUACAGUUUGCAGUAGCAAAAGGAGACAUUAAAAUUGGUGCUGAACUCUCUCAGCGGCAUCAGAUGUACUUCAUACUGAGUGACUUAACAUACUUGAUGGCCAAUGGAAGGAUAUCAUGCCAGACAGAUGAACUGCAGAUUCAGUUCGAUGACCACAAUAUAAUGACUCUAUCAAGCGGAAAGUUGUCUCGUGCUCUUCAGUCUCGGGAAGUGCGUGAGGAGAGGGAAUCAAUGCAAGAGCUUGUUCAGAAGCAGAAUAAAGCAUGGAGACUGACAGUGGGCACAUGGAAGAUUACCUUCCCAUAUAAUUACAAGUUUGCAGAAGCCUUCAGUGAUGACCUGCUGUCUGUGGUGAAGUGGAUAAAGUUAGUUCAUAAUCGACGCCCUAAGGCAUUCACAGCUGAUAGUCCCUUGCCUCCUGAUUUGGUUAUAAGAGUGAAGCACUGGCUUUUAGAGAUUGGAGAUGAUCCAUUUGAAGUGAAGCUGAGGUACAAUUAUGAACUCUUAGAAGAUGAAUACCAGGAGAGUUGCAAGAGGAUCAAGGCACUAGAUGCUAGGAUAGAGGAACUCCGCAAGACCAUGUUCCUCUUUCCUACAGGCAAGAUUGAAGAACUCUACAAAAACCUACAGGAAAAGAACAGUGAGACAUACAUCAAGAGGUCAAAGUUGAUGUAUGAGUCUGCACCAAUGAGAACACAGCUGUUUACAUGGACGAUGGAGGAUGUAGUGAUAUUUGCAAUGGCUGAUCCAACUUUCCAUGGAACAGAGAAAGUUAUACAACACAUGGUUGACAUUGAUCAAGAGUCCCCAUGGCCACAAGAGGGCCAGGAAUUUUCAACACUCUGGUGCCGCAUGAUAUCUGCCUCUUGUGCGGAAUGGAAAUUCAAGCUCAGAGAUUAUCCUCAGUCCCUCUUAGACAUGUCCGACCUUGAGAUCUGGGGAAGACUUAUUGGUGCUGAGCAGAAGGCCAGUAAAAGAGCAAUAAGGAAUGUGAUGGUGGAGGUUGGAGCACCAUGGUCGAAUACUAUGGUUGAACGCACAAUGUCAGCACUCAAAUUUUAUCACGACUUUUCCUGCGAGGUCAAAAGCUUCACUGCAGCUUAUGGUCCAUGUUGGGAACCUGCAGUUGCUCAAUUUAAUCUCGCUCUCUCCCUCAUCAACCAGCCGUCCCGGGAUCCCUCAACACCACUGCCAUGGUGGGACAAAAUGAGGCUUCUCUUCCAUGGCCGCCUGACUCUCAUGGUCGAGCGCAUGACCCUCCUCCUACAUGCCUCACUUGACCCCUAUAACACCACUGAGGAGAUGGAGCUCACCUGGACAAGCCUCACCAUGGACUGGACCAACGCAAAACUGGUAUUCAAGGGAAAUCUGAAAGUGUCAGUAAAAACAGCAUCCAAGUAUGAUGAUGCUAGGCUCCUUCAUGUCCCAAACCUGAAGCUUACAGUCAAGAUGAUCUGGCAGUGUCGAGGGAACCCCAAUGACCACCAUUCGGUCAUGCUUUGUGCACCAGACAAACUCCCAGAAUAUUCAAGUAACCAGGAACACGACUCCUACAGAGCCUUUCGCUCUCAGAACCUGAGUAUGAACAUUCAGCUGGAAACGAAAACACCCAAAAAGGCCAACACAGCUGUUUCUGCUCCAGUCAUUGAAGCACUCUUCUUUGGCAGCACUCUGAGAUGGUUUGAAAAUCUCAAGUUCAUCCUAUCGGGUGUUGCUCGACCUACCAGGCGAGGCCCACUCUUCAAUAACACACAUGCACGCAAACCUCAGUUAUCGAGGCAUUACAGCAGCAUACACCUUUCUGUGUCAUUUCAGCGCUUUGAUGUACGGUACUGGAUGUCUGUGGGAGUCAGAAAGGGAUUCCACCUCAGUGGUGAAAGACUGUCUCUUAGUUCUGAGCACAAGCUAACAUUGAUCCCAGUCAAUGAUGGUUUACGGCACCGCCCUCGCAGUAGCUGGAGCAUCGUGUACCUCAACACAGAACUCUGCCUGGCCCAAGUCUGGCUUCAAAGUGCAAUGAAGGACUACACCACCUUCAGUGAUGAAGAGGAUCGCCCACAGGAGCCUGUUUCUGCACCUGUCGAAAAGUUUUAUUUCCUGAAUGUAAACCGAGUAGAGUACACAAGAGAGACCCUCACCCCUACACCAGCAGAAUCUACUCCAGAUCCAAAUCUUCGUGAUAAGCCUAAUCACCGUCUUGUAGUACAUGGCCUGAAAGGAGCCUGGACCACUAACAACAGAGACAUUGUCUUUGCCCUUUACGACUCCUGGAACAAGUCACAGCAGCUCCGGCGAAACCUGACCCCAGACAUCAUAAAGAGCUACAAUCCAGAGGCCUCUACACCCCAGAAGCCUAGAAGUCGAUCCAUUACAGACAAUUCAACCCCACAGAACCUAACCUCUCCAACAGCAUCAUUACAGGUUCCUCCAGUCCAAGCCACGCCUUCACCAAUGUCACGCCUUCAGUCUGGUCAUGCUCAAGCCAUGCUUCAACAGCUUAUUGCUGAAGCUGAUAAUAACCAAGUUGCAUUCAGUGAGGAUUGUUCAAACACAGAGCCUAGAGACCAGAUACCCCAUGGUGUUAAAGCCUGCACUGUUGAUGAUGUCAUUCACAAGAAGUGGCUUAUUGUUCUGGUCAACAGUCAAGUCCUUCUGAAGGGCUGUGAAACAAAUGGCUAUGUGAUCCUUAGUGCUGCCAACGCACAGAUCCUGCAACGAAUCCACCGUCCAGUAUGGCAGGAUCACUCCCUUGUCACGAAGACCACUUGGUUUGGGUCACUAGAAUGCAUGCAGUACUAUGCCACUGUUAGUAGUGCUGGGGACAAGGAGACACAGAUGGAUAACAUAAUGUGGCUAACAUUGGACAAUAUUGAAGAGAAAGAUGGGCAAGUGAUCAAUGAAGUGGCUGAUAUAGUGGGAAGUGGACAGUCUGUGGGUGGAGUAGUCUCUCAGACCGUUGGAUCAAUGGAUGAGGAUGAUGAACUUCAACUGCAACGCAUAGUAUCAAGGUGCAAGUGUGAAUUUUAUUAUGUGGCUUAUGGUGAAACUGGCCUGGAUGUCUCUCUACUGGAAGAAGUUCAUCCCCCACUCCCUGAAGAUGACCUCUGGAGCCGCAAUGUGGAAGCUGUUGACACCUUCACACUAGUCCAUCAUGAUCUCUGUGCUAGCACUAACUCCCUGCAGUAUAACAUGGUUGUAGACAUCCUAAACAACCUGCUCCUGUAUGUGGACCCAAAGAAAAAGGAAGCAAGUGAGGCUGUUGCCCGCAUGAGGUUCCAGCUCCAGCUCUACUCAAGAGAUGACCAGCGAAAACCCAUCAUCAGGCUGCAGAAUCAAGUUAGGUAUCAUCUGUCACAGCUGAGAUCACUAGAGAAAGAAGUCUAUCUUGUCCAAAGACACCUCCUCAAUGACCCAACCAAUCAGCAGAAAUUAGAUGAAAAAGAAGUACUAGAAAAGCAGGUGGCAGAGUGCAAAGAAAAAGUUAAUGGCUUAAGUGAAGAAUUAGCCAUGAGGAUUCACUUGUACAAUGAAACCCAGCUCUCUGCUAAUCACAAGUGGACAUCAUCAGGUGGAGACAAGCAGACGAAAGUAAUCCGGAUGAACGAAGUUAGCUUCAGGAAGGCUCAAUGGCGAUUGACAGAGAAGGAUGGACAACUAGGUAUUGCAGAUCUGGUGCUCUCAAAUUUCUUGUACACAAAGAAGACCAAUGCAGAUGAUAGUGGAGAACAUCUUUUGGAGCUUGGGUAUGUCACCAUGAGGAAUCUUUUGCCCAAUCAAAUUUACCAAGAGGUUCUCAUGCCGUCUGAGCUGCAGAUGAACAUGCCUGUUGAUCGUCAGAGGACUCUACGAAUAUUCUGCAGAGAGAAGCCCCCAUGUGGUGGGAUAUCUAUCAUUGAACACUUUGAGGUUAAUGUUGUACCUCUAAAUAUUGCCCUGACCUAUCAGUUCUUCAAAACAAUGAUGAAGUUCUGCUUCCCAGACAACACAACAGAAGAGGAGUUUGCGGGAAGUGAGGUCUCAUCAGGAGGCCAGACCACACGUGGCAGCAAGAAACAAGCAUCACUGCGGAAAUCUCACAAGGAGUCCAACUUUUAUGUGGCUCUGCAAGAUAAGGAUGAUGUCGAGAUUAUGAAGCAACGAGCUGAGCAGAACAAGUUAUUUGUCUAUAUAAAGAUCCCAGAGCUUCCAGUGCGAGUCAGCUACAAAGGCAAAAAGGAAAAGAACAUUGAAGAUGUAUCAAAUUUCCGCUUGGUAGUGCCGACCCUAGAAUACCACAAUGUGACAUGGACAUGGCUCGACUUCUUAAUGGCUAUGAAGCAGGAUUCAAAAUCAGCUCUCUUGUCUCAGGCCAUCAAACACAAGUUGAACCUGGCUCACUUCCGAGCAGAUGAAGCUGCCACACCCAAUGAAGAAGAAAAGGCUCGACUCUUGUUGGGAAGCAAAUUGAUGCCGCCAGAGUCCAAAGGUACAAAGAAGAGCUUGUUCAAGUUCAACAGAUAGCCUACCAGGCAUGCUACACGUCGUUCUUGCUCAACCUCACAUACUGAACAAAUCUUAUUGGUUGGUUUUUAAGUAUGGUGUACGGGCAAAUGUAACCACAUAUUUUUUUCAUAUUUUUUCCUCACACUUGAAUAAGGAAUAGAAGUAAUGAUAAUGAGUAUAUAUAACUUAACUGUAAUGGAGCUAGGGAUCUGUGAUUAAGACUAAGGAAGUUAAAAUGCAGCUGAUAUUGGCUUUUUAAUGGUGAAGUAUGUUGUAAUGUGUCUUUGAUUUUGUGAAUUCUUUGCUUUGUAUCACGUAUUUGCCUUUGGUAUUUGAGAGCAUGUCAGUGGGCUCUUUGUUAGUGAUGUGUAAAGUAGAAGCUUGUGUUUGUUUCAUUUAUUAUUAUUGUUAUUUUUUAAAUGUGGUCUGGAUUCCCUAAAAGUAAUGUGGUGAAACACAUUUUAACAGGAGUUUUUCGGUGAUAUUAAAGGAAAACUCCAGAAUGUUGCAGAUAAAAAUUAUAUAAUUUUUUAAUAUAUAUAAAUGCCUUUCUUAUACAAAAGGUUUUUUAGUUUAUGUAUGUAUCUUCAUUGUAGCACAUGACAUUAAUCUAGUUCCAAAAAUGGUGCAUUAGUUUUUAAGACUUUAAAGAGAUAUAGCAGAUAUGCUGUAUAUCUGAUAUGUAAUUUAUUGAUAAAGGUUGCAAUGAAAUGUUGAAAGAUGCACAUUCUGAAUUAUAUUUGUUUUCAGAAGAUAAUGCAUGAAGUUCACUUUUAUUCAUGGACCUGUUUUGACAGCACUUAGUCUCUGAUAAGAAGGAAGUCCUUUGAAUUCUCUUUAGUAAAGAAAUAUCAUAUUCAUAUUCUCUUUUCUAUCUUUCUUCUUGUUCAUAUUAACAAAGAAUAAAUGAUGAACAAAAGUACCAAACAUUUCAUUCAUUUUUUAGGUAGACAAUAUUGACAGUAUAAUUGUCAUAGAACUAUGAAUUAGAUGACAUGUAUAUGUGCGGAGUUAAGACCAAACACAUUUAUCUGAAUGUAAAUGAAUGAAUGUUGAGGAAAAGGAUAAAAAGAGGGAGGAGGAGGAGGAAGAGGAAAAAUAUAAAGCAGAGAUAAGCAAGUUUUUAGAAAUUGUGAUUAGCUGCUGAUUGAUAUUUUUGUAUCUAGUUAUUAAUGUGCAAUGCUUUAAUUAGGCUAAUGGUAUAUGAUUUUUUUUCCAGUAUGAAUAGGUUUAGAAUUUUUUAAAUUAUAGAAUAAUUCUACUUUCUUUUUUUUUUUUUUCAUAUAGGGGUAUUAUAUACUUUUUUUUCUUACUUCCUUUAUUAACUCAUUCUUCAUUGCAGAAUAUCUUGACAGAGUAAGAAAUGAAUUUGCUUUCAUUUCAUGUAUAACUCUGAUUUGGUUUUGAAGAAGAAAAAAAUAGUACAUGCAUUUGAUUUUGGGAAAUGAGUCAUGUUUUGUUGAUAGAGACAUGAUACUAAAUCUGUUAUUAUUUACAGGUUUAAUGUAAAAGAAAAUUGAUUAAGGUUAUAUUAACUGCUAUAGUUUGUUAUAUUUAAACUGAUAUAUUUUAAUAGAUCCAUUACUUAAAAAGGAAAUUUGUAAAAAUCAUAAAUAUAAAGUAGUUAACUUAUGAUUCUUUGCUUUGUCUAUACAGUAGGACAUAUUCCAGCCAAAUGAAAAUAUAACCUUGAUUAACGUAAGUUUGAUUACUUUUAUUGUCAUACUACCCAUAUAUUUUCCACAUAUAAAGAGAUUCAGUAAGAGUAUGCACAUAUUUCUCUUUAUUAUGUCAUACACAAAUAGUAUAGUUUAUUAAUGCACAGAUAGUAUAAGAACUGUGUCUAGUAUAUAGUGUGAUUCUUAGUCUCCAUAAUAUUUGUACGUCAAAUACACUUUGGUAUUGAGUAUUGUAACUUUUUUUUAUGGGACUACCUGAACAUUAGGGCAAAGGUAUUACAUAUUGAUUUUGCAAGUAGGUUGGUUUGAGUUUUAUGAUGUUGAUAUUUCUUUACAUAUAUUCACAUUAUAAAAUCCUACGUCCACUACUUUAGUACAUUAAUGUUUCAUAUGUUUUACUACACUUUUUCAGUACAUUUUUGUAUUACAUAUAAUUGCCUUUGCUGAUCACAUACACCAAAUGCUUUUUGUGCACACUGGGUAACAGCCUGUAUUUUGGGAUGUGUAAUGUUUUCUUGAUAUUCUCAUACUCUUUCAUCACCUUCCAGAAAUGGGAAAGAGGUAAUCAUUGAUAUUAAAGGAGAGAUUUGCUUCUUAGCCUUUGAUUGUUCUGCAUUUUUAUUUUUUGUAUGAACCAAAUGGUUGCACUGCUUGUAGAGUGGAAUUUAACAUAGGGCCUGAUUGCAAAGCCAAAGAUUUCUCUAGAUAAGCAAAUAAUAUUUUGUCAUGACUGGAAACAUCAAAUGAAGGUCUUUGUGUACGUGUAAGUUUUUUCUUUGCUUUGAGCUUUUCUGAUACUGCAAUACAGUUAAUGGUCCUGCACUCACCAGAUGUUGCUAUUUGUGAUGAUAAUUGUUCUUUAUCAGUUUUUAACUGUUCUUGUAGGAAUUAUAUGUCUCGAGAAUAAAUUAUUUUAUUAAGCAGAAUGCAAUAAUAUUCAAAGAGUGGAUGAAAACAUUAUAACAGAUACAGUUUUUCACAUUCAUUAAGUUCAAAUUAAAUCAGGCCUAUAAAUCAUAUUUGAUGGUAUUGUAUACAGUAUUAUUUUCUUAUGCUAUUUUGGUUAGUGUUUAACCACAGUUUGAAAGAUAUUUUUUUCUUUCUUUCUUUUUUGAAAAGUCCAUAUUUGUAUCACUGAGAAAAGCAUUUGAGAUUAAGAAUACAUGUAGCCAAUUUACUGAUUACCUUAUACCAUCCAGAAUAUACAAUAUCUUUAAUUUUUAUCUUUUAGAAAACAAAAUUGUAAGGAUUUGCACCUUAAUUCCCCCUUUUGCAGCAUGUCUGUGCUGAUGUUAGCUUUUGCAUGGCUAGUUUUCUCAGGAAAAAAAUAAGCUGUUUUGGCAACUGUGUAAUCUAGGCAUAAUUGAGGUGCUCUUUAUCGUUUAGAAGAAUCUAUUUUGUUUAUGCAAAUGUAUAUGAACUUUUAUGCAUGUAUAAAAAAGGUUUUCUUAAGGAUUAAUAUUUAGGUUGGGAACUUUUUUAUGGCUAAUGUUCAUUUCGACUUCAAUUGGUAAUGAUUUUAUUAGCAAUUUAGAUUGUUUCUUUUAUUACUAAAGGUAUUAUGCAUCUAAAUAUUUGAUUUAAACUAAUAUAAUGAAGUAUUUCUUAUAAAUAUAUGAUAAUUGUUGUACCAAAAUGAAUGACUUGCAUGAUACCUUUUUUUCAAUGUCAAGCAUCACUAGAUUUUGAUUUUUGUGAUUCUAAAUGACAGUGUGUUUGUUCCAGUAAAAUAAUUUCAUUGUAUUUUAUGAUGCCUGAAAAAAAAAAAUUGGAUUAAGUAUUGCAAAUGCUGAAUAAAAUUCUAGAUUGCUGUAUAUUAGAGUGAGUGAGAGUGCAUGUGCAUCUACAUAUGCAUAUGCAUGCGUAUGUGUGUGUGUGCAAAUGUGCCAGUGCAAGUGUGUGUGUUUGUGUCAGCGAGUGAGAAUGAACUUGUAUGUGUGCAUUUACAUAUGCCUGAGUGAUACUUGCACUAUAUACAUUCAGAUGUAUAUUUGUAUGUGUGUUUUAAUUUGCAUACCUAUGUACAUGCGUCUGCAUGAAAAAAAAAUCAUUUCAUAGACAAGUAUUAUGUUCAUAGACAGACACAUAGGGAACAACUCUAUCUAUUAUUUUAAACAAUUGUUAAGCAAGAUAUCUUUUAAUUCCUGUAGUAUUUUACAAAGUAAGCUCAUCCAAUAUUAUUUUUUUGUUAACGGGAUACAAAUACGGCAAUAAAAUUGAGUGAUAAAUUACUAAUAGGUUAGCUAGACUGUGAUUAUAGAACACUGCCUUUAUAAGUCUUUGGUUUAUAGUUCACUUUUUUUCAGAGUGACUAAUUAUCAUCAUCCUUUUGAGAGUAAUAACUUUUACAGGAAGAUGAGAUUUUGCAGUUUCAAGAUAAUAUAUGUAGUGGAUACUUCAGGUUUAAAUUAUUUAAAGUUGGAUAACAACAAUGUAUUUAAUUCUAAUGUUGAUGGAAUAAAGUCUGAUGCAAAGUGUU